AUGGGGAAUCUAGUGGCCAGGCUGAGGGAACUUUUCUCGAGCGAGAGGAAGCUUGAGAUGUGUCUUGUUGGCCUGGAAAACAGUGGCAAGACGACACUGUUGAAUGUGCUGUCGGUGGGGCACCCGAUUGAGACGUUUCCCACCGUAGGGCUUAAUGUGAAGAUGGUGCGGAAGCAGGGGGUGCAGCUGAAAGUGUGGGACCUUGGCGGACAGGAGCGGUUCCGCAGCGAGUGGGGACGCUACACGCAGGGCUGCGAUUGCAUAAUCUAUUGCGUGGACUCAAGUGACUUCCAGCGCACCGAACUUGCGAAGCGCGAGCUCCACAAACUUUUGGAGGACAAGGCGCUGCAUGGCCUUCCCAUGCUGGUGUGCCUAAACAAGAUUGACUUGGAGCCUCACAUGAGUAAAGAGGAGUGCGUGGAGUUUCUGAACCUGCAGGUCCUUCGCGAUAAUCCAUGGCUUGUUAUUCCUAUAUCCGCACUGCGCCAAAUUAACAUCAACGAGGUUGUGGAUUGGCUGGUGAAGAAUUCUCAUAGUUGA